AUGGCAGUGAACAACCACACGGCUGUGGUAGAGUUUGUCCUGCAGGGCUUUUCUGGGAAUCCUGGGCUCAAGGUUGUCUUCUUGGCCUUCUUCCUCCUCCUUUAUCUCCUGGCUCUUGCAGGAAACACCCUUAUCAUCAUGGCCAUCAGCCUGAAUCCAAGUCUUCACACCCCCAUGUACUUCUUCCUCAUAAACCUGGCCCUGUUGGACAUUGUCUGUACAUCUACUGUCCUCCCCAAGCUACUGGAUGGCCUGGUAGCCAGGGGCAGCAUUAUCUCCUACGAGGGAUGCAUGACCCAGCUCUUCUUCCUGACCUGGUUUCUGGGAGCUGAGCUGCUGCUGCUCACCACCAUGGCUUAUGACCGUUAUGUGGCCAUUUGUCGCCCGCUGCACUACAGUGCACUGAUGAGCCGAUUUGUCUGUGCCCUGCUUGCAGGCAGUGUAUGGGUGGUCAGUGCAGUCAGCACAUCUGUGCACACGGGACUGAUGGCACAGCUCCAUUUCUGUGGCCCCAAUCAAGUACGUCACUUUUUAUGUGAAGUCCCAUCACUGCUCCUGUUGUCCUGUAGCCCAACCACCCUCAACAGUAUCAUGAUUGUCAUCGCAGAUGUCUAUUUUGGUGUGGUUAACUUCCUGAUGACCAUGACAUCCUACGGCUUCAUCAUUGCCAGCAUCCUGCGCAUCCGCUCCACUGAGGGCAAGAAGCGUGCCUUCUCUACCUGCUCUGCCCACCUGGUAGUCGUCACCCUGUACUAUUCUACUGUCAUUUACACCUAUGUAUUACCUGCCUCUGGCUCCUCCAUGGAGAAUGGCAAGGUGGUCGCCUUGUUGUACACAGCAAUCAGCCCCACCCUGAACCCUCUUAUCUACUCUCUUCGGAACAAGGAGGUCAAAGUGGCCCUCAGGAAAGUGUUUCCCUGUGUCCGGUGA